AGCUGUCUAUCUAACAAGUUCAUGUUCAUUCAGCCCCUAGCUGUGGUGGCUAGAGUUCGCUAGCUAGGUUGCUAGACAAACACAUCAUCGAAUAUUUGUAGAUUUGUUGAGAUGUGAUGAAUUCAUGGAUACAAUUCCGUAGCUGUGUAACUUUAUUUGGCUAGUAAGGUGCUGUGUGGAUUUGAGUAUUUACAAUGUGAUUACAAAAUAACACGAAGUAUAACUCAGGUUAGCUAACUAACGCUAACGAGAUGCAAACAGCUGUGCUUGGCCAACUGCUGUGCGAAAGGAUGUGAUUCUUGUUGUGAAAAGAGCCACUGGAACCUUUUCUCUGGUUGCAUGCCUUUUUAUGUUGUUUGUAAUAUGGCUUCUUCGACGAUACAACUCCUUGGCUCAGAAAAUGAUACUCAGUUUGACGGUAGCAGCUUUCUUUGACAGUGUUGCAUAUGUAAUGGGAGAAUCUCACCCAGAGGGUACUCUUUGUGAUUUACAGGCCUGGUGGUUAACAUAUUUUGACUGGAGUGCACUGGUCUGGGUAUGUCUUAUCACUCUAAAUCUUUAUCUGAACCUGGUCAAGGAGAUCAGAACUGAACAUUAUGAGAUACCAUACCAUGUAGUUGCUUGGGGGGUCCCUCUCUUUAUGUCAGUUCUUCCCCUGUUGAAUGGAUACUAUGGUCCUGCUGGAGCUUGGUGUUGGAUAACAGGGGAUCGUGUUGCUUGGAGGUUCGGCAUAUGGUACGUUCCACUCUUUACCCUCAUAUUCCUCAUGAUCUGCUGUUAUGCACGCAUCAUCUCUGUGGCCAAUGAGCGGAUGCAGUCCUGGCUUGGCACUUUUAACCCAGAGAGGGAGAGAAGGAAGGUGUCACUUGCUGAGGAAAUCCGACCUCUGAAAUGGUAUCCUUCAGUGUAUCUGUUGGUUUCUCUCUUUCCCCUCUUAAAUCGGCUGCAUAAUGCUGUGUUCCCUGGUCAGCCUGUAUUCUCCCUCACAUUGCUGCACGUGCUCAGUGCCCCUCUCCAUGGCCUGGCCAACGCACUUGUCUUCGGCAGAGACACCUGGAGUCAGCUCAGCAACACAGGGUUCAAACUGGCACUUCAGUCCCGACUGUGUGACAGCACGCGAAUUGGCGAGUAUCACCCAGCCAAUGUGAGAUACACAGUGGGGCUCGAGUCAGAGUCGGACGAUGAGGAUAACAAUGUCCUUUUCUACAGCCCUGACAUGAGUCUGAAAGACAGAGGACCCUGAAUGUCUGAAUGUUCUUUUUUGUAUGUGUAUGUAUCCAUAUGUAUGUGAGUGAGUGCAUUUUCCUUAAUCUUCUUGUCGUUUUGAAAGCUCUUCAUUUAUGCAAGAUUUAUUUCAGUAUUAUUAAAAAAGGAAAUGGGUUGGGAAAUUUGAGAAAACUGUGUUUACACUUUGAAAAUGUACUCUCUCAAUCUUCCAAUCCCAAAGCAAAACACAGUAAUAGACAUGGUAUUGUAGAUAUGUAAAUUGUGGUAAUGAAGAGUGCUUUAAGUGAAUAUUCUCAGUGGUAGUGAAUUUGUUGUCAUUUAGGGAUUUUUAUUUUGUUGUGUACAGAUUUCUGUUUAUAAUCUUUUGUGCAUUUGGUGUAAUUGACUGCUGUUAUGUUUUGGUGAGCAUGUUUUAUUUAUGGAAAUGUAUAAAAUGUAUUCUAUAUUUUUGUACUGGUUGCAAAUAAUCUGAAUUAAAAAUAUUCAUAAAUACUGA